CAACAAAAAUUGGGCCCCACACUAAUCAAAUAACCGCUCUCUCGACCCAAUAUCGUCGUUUCGAAUUUGCCGUCCAGUUCACACGACACCGCCGUUACAUCAGAGCUUAUGUAACAAAACAUGCAAUUAGAGUUAAUUUAUUCGCGCUCUUUUUCUUGUGGUCUCACCUUUCCUGUCCGCAGAAGGGGAGACUUUGCAGCACGAGUCACUCCUGAACUCGUUGCCAUGAGAAACCCACUAGACAGUGCCGUAUCGACGUAAUAUUACAGUCUACCCUCCAUGUGGCGUAAUCGAUAAGCGGAGACGCGUGAUGAAUAGGGAAAUUCACAAAAUCACCAUCUUUGAGGAUUUUUAUUCCAAUGGAUUAGCAGAGAGUUCGCACGUUUGACUCUGGUGUCCACUAAUUAAAUGACUGUUUUUAAUUAAAUUAGGGCAAUUAGGGCCAAAUUGAGUGUUACAAAGUUGAUUAGAAUAUUCCAUGCGUCAUGACACCCAGCUGGGUAAUCGAGUUUACCAUCACCGUCGCAGUAAAACUCGUGCGAUUCCGCGUAUCCUCCGCGGCUUUUCCCUCUUAUUCCGGCUCUGUCCGGCAAAUCCGCCUAGCGACGUGUACCGUUCAGUCGUCCUGGAGUCGGUCAUUCACGAGCACGUCGUUCGAGCUGGGUCUUCGCGAUCGCCUGCCAUGUGUCAGCGGUGCCCGACCUGCCCUCCAGCCGCCCACGCCGCCGCCGCCGGCCCGCCCCCCGCGCUCGUGCCCGCCGCCAUGUCGUAGUGCCGUUUUUCGAAAAUUUCCAGCAUGGCCCUGUAGUGAACGUUGUUGUGAUGUUGUGCUUCGUGCAAGGGUUCGAGGAACGCGAAGAACCGGCGAAGGAGCGCAAAUUGCACGUUGUCAAAGGCCGAUUCCUCAAAAAGUCGCGGUCCUCUGGGAAUUUCGGGAGCGCGGGGGCCCGUUCGGCUCCCGGUACGCCGCAAGCAACCCUCGGUACCACUCCUGGGGGCUUCACCGAGCUCCCCGUGUCUCAGCCGUGCAGUCCAGGAUGCACGUCCCCCUCGAUCCAGCGCAGUCCAAGUCAUUCCCUCUUCACCAAAUGCGAUAAGGCUUCUUUGAAACACUUGUCCACGUCUACCCCCGCGAUGACGGCACAAGCUCAACUCACCGAACCGCCGAGUCCCAAGACGGCGAAAGAGACCAAAGUGCCUACGACGUCGAAAGCGCGCCAGAAGAAGUUCAACAGGCACUUUCCGGCAGUGGACGAAGACGAAAAAGUGCUUAAUCAUUAUUCCUGUGCUCUCAUCGGUGAUAUCCUGCUGCAAGGGCAUCUGUACAUUACCAAGAACUACUUCGCGUUCUACUCCAAUGUGUUCGGCUACGUAACAAAGCUUCUCAUUCCUAUGUUGUCCGUGGAGAAAAUAACGAAAGAAAAAACCGCUAGAAUUAUUCCAAACGCCGUCGGAAUAGAAACGAGCGAGGAUAAGCACGUUUUCGGCAGUUUAAUGUCGCGCGAUAACACUUACCGUUACAUGGUCAAGGUGUGGGAGGUGGCGCAAAACGCCUCACUUUUGGUCGUCGAGCCGGAUAUUGUGCGAAAAUACCAAAUUUGUUGGUUUCAGGAGCCCGUUCCUGGAUCCGACAGCGAUAGUUCGGAGACCCGAGAAGGCGAAAGUGGGAGGGAAUCACCAGUUCCCAAUAACCGGCUGCCGCACAUCCUACCAAAUGUGGACGGCGUUCUUAAAGAAGUUUCAGGCCCUAAGCUGGAGGCAGAGCACUCCGUGGAGGUGGUCUACGUCUUGAAGCAGAGCAUUUCCAAGUUUAGAAGCCUACCAAGACAGAGCCUAAUCUUGUUCGCCACAACGCUGCUUCUAAUCCUCCUCUUUCUCUCAGCAGCGGUGCUGCUAUAUCGAAUUAGUAUAAUCCAAACCAAAUAUUCCUACAACUUACAAGAAACCAUGGUCGCUGCUGGCGGCGAAGAAAUUUACAGCAACCUGCUCCAGUAUCAAACUCACUUACAUUCGAAAUCGGCCGGAGCCGUGCACGAUUUUUUAGACACGAAUUUAGAUCAAAUUGCAAAGGUGAGGCAGUCCUUGGAAGCGCUGUCGACUUUGUUGUUGCCCGACAACAAGCAGCAAGAAGCGAAUUCCAGGGACACUAGUUAGCCGCCCAAGUAUCAAAAACGUUAACUUAUUCUAGAAAGAAUGUGAUCAGUAUUCAGUCUUUAUUAGAUUUAGGAUUUCCACUUAAGAUGUUGCCCACCAUCCCAGUAUCGACUAGGAGAAAAAGGCCUGUUUGGGCGCGAGUCGCGUCACGUAGGUCCUAAUACAGGCGAGACCUGUAGAGUACGCUAUUUGCCAAAAUAAUUGCCAUAUUAUUACCGUUGUAUAGUCAGCACACUGUAACAUGAAGCUCAAUACACAAUGGCAGGGUUUCUCGUGUACAGCGGAUCGCAAAAGGAGACUGGACAUGUUUCUGUUCACUUAUCACGCCAUCUAGUACAAAUUCUUUUAGUUGAAUUCCACUCGACCAUAGAACUGUCAGCGCCUUGACACUAUCAGGUAUUAGCAAUAAAAUGCAUUUUUACGCGUGGGAACUAACGCUGUGAAUUGGUACUGAAGGUUUUAGGUAAUUGAAAUUGGGAUUGUGUUUUGUAAUUCUAGAAUUCAUAAUCCUUUAGGCGAAAAUUGUUGAUAUGGAAAAUAUUUAAUCUUUUAUUUAUGUGUACAGUUUUCAUAUGUAGGUCUUAAUAGGAAAAUGUACAUUUUCUGUUUUUAAUUUCACGUACCUAUUCUGAUGAUUAUAUGUUAGGUGUUAAUUUAUUGCGGUUAGUGUUAAUUGUUUUGUGAAUACCUUGUUUUUUUUUGUAAAAUGUUAACAUAUAGACGAAACCUGUGAUAUCUUAUUUGUUUUUGCUUUUAUCAAUAAAUAGUGUUACAAUUUGGAUAA